UUCCCUACCUGUAACCUGGACUGUGUGUGCAGAGGAACUUCGGGACUUUCGAAGGAUACUUGCUUUUUCCAUCUAAGCUGACUUAAAAAGUUUAGUCUGGUAUCUCAUUUUAAUUCCUUUCUAUUCUCAUUCCUAAUCUCAGUUUUCACCUUUCAUCCUUGAUUCACCGAAUAAGACCAUUUUCCCGGAUUCAAGAAAGCGUCUCAGGUAAAGUUGGAGUGAAGUAAGCCAGGGAUCAGCUAUUGCAUUCUGGGGGCUGCAGAAAGGUCUACAUCCCAGUGAACCUACAGUGGACAGUCACACUUGUCACUGAUCAGCUCCAUCAGACUACUUAUCAGGUGCUAUCCAUGGAAAUGUGCCUCUCCAAAUAACUGCAUCAACAAGAAGCUCUUUGCACACGCCAGACCUGUUCCUGCCUCUAGCAGCAGCUGUACAUACAGCAUUCACCUAUUGAUCCCAUGGCCCACCCUUAUGAGCCAUGGUUUCGGCCAGCACCACCUGGAGGCAGUAGUGAGGAUAUGAACAUGCCAUCUUGGUGGGAUAUUCAUGCAGGUACAGGGAGUUGGAUGGACCUACAGGGGGGGACAGGGAGUCUUCAAGGUGUGGGACAGGGAAGUGCUAUACAGUCUGCUCUGGGACCCUAUACCUCUGAGCCCCAGUUGUGCAGCCAACCCCCAUCCCAAAUGGCCUCAGCCUCACACCCCAUGCAACUCUUUCCACAGGAUAGCUAUAAGAUGGACCCAGGGGUUCCAGAGUUGCAGCCGCAACCACUUUCUCUGGAAGAGCCUGUGGAGAGCACCACAGCCACUCGCCCCAAGGCACACCGUCGCUCUGCCUCUAGGGGCUCAGGCCAAGCUGUGUGUCGUUGCCCCAACUGUGUAGAUGCUGAGCGGCUGGGCCACUGUCCUGAUGGCACCAAAAAGAAACACUUGCACAACUGCCACAUCCCUGGCUGUGGCAAGGCAUAUGCCAAGACCUCCCACCUAAAGGCCCAUCUUCGUUGGCAUAGUGGUGAUCGGCCCUUUGUUUGCAACUGGCUGUUCUGUGGCAAGCGCUUUACUCGGUCUGAUGAACUGCAACGCCACCUGCAAACACACACUGGUGCAAAGAAGUUCAGCUGCACUGUGUGUAACAGAGUCUUCAUGCGCAGUGACCACCUGGCAAAGCACAUGCGCACCCACGAGCCAGCUCGUGGUGAGGAGGAGAAGAGUGAGAGUGGAGCAGGUAGAGUGGGGAAAUGCUAUGAAACCCCCCAGACCCUGACCCUCAACACUGCUGCUCCCGGUACCAUGGAAGCCCCCCUUAAGCCCAAAUGUGAGCCAGAGCCCAAUGAACCCACAAUGGGUGCACAACCCAACUAAGGGUGUGCCAUCUGCAUUAGUUACUGUCCAGGCAAAGUGAUGUAGAUUACUACACCCUCUGAGUGAGACAAGACACAACAUGAUUUAAAAGUAGAGAGAGAUAGCCUAGCAUGUAGUGAUUAUGAACAGUUCAUGUCUUUAGUUAUGACUUCAGCAUCUGAGCUUGCCCACUUGGGUAAUUUACAAAUUUACUGACCCACAAUCUCACUAGUUCAUAGGCCCUGCAGUUAAGACAGGUGCUUCAUGACAAGAAUAGUGCAUACUAACUUGUUGUAGUUAGAAAAUGAAUUAACUCCCCUAACAGACAUGGGAGUAAACUGAAUGCUGGAAGGAACUGAAAUAAGUGAAUGCUCUGUUGUUUUUCUGAAGGUGCAUUUUUUUCUAAUAUAUGAUUUACAAUUUACAUUUAGUGAAAAGCGUUAGUGGUGACUGAGCCAUGAUCAUAGCUUACUGCUUAUAUUGCUAAUACAGCUACUCUGCUUUCUAGCUGUUGAGUUUGAAAUAGAUAGAAAUAGAAACACUUUUUCAUCCACAGACAUAACAUGAACUUUUACACCUCAAGCAGACCAAAUAACAUCUCAGAGUCUAUUGACACUUUCCUUUUUCAGAGAAUCGGUACUUCUCAGGCACUUGAUCAAUUUUUUUUUUAUUUCCAACUCAGUUCUUCACCCUAUCUCCCCUUAUGAAAAAAUCACAUGAAAUUUGUGAAAUAAAAUGUGAAAAGAAAAUGUCACAUGUGAACUGAACAUUUUCAUGUUUGAUUGGCUUUUUUCACAUGCGAAUGAAAAUAACCACAUGGGAUAAGUCAUUUGCAUCUUCACAUUUUCACACUUCACUGACUUUGAAAAUUGUGAACAGCAAUUUUCAUGUGAAAACAAAAAAUGACUUGUAAUAGCAUAGGUUUCCUUUUUCCCCACUCUUGUCUUAUAAGAGGGAUUAUUUCUAUGGUUC